CGUCACUCAUCAUUUCCAUCGUCUUCCACGACAACAACAAUCACGACAACGACGACAAGCAUUGAAUAAAUAGCACGUACUGAGUUAGACAGUACCAUCUUCACUUCUUAACUUCACUCUCUCCUUCACUACCGCACAACUACAACACAAUGUCUGGCUGGGACGACAAGCCUCAGGUUAUCGGCUUCGGCACCAAGCGCGCUACUGUCGCCAAGGGCUCGGCUCUUAACGCCGCCCAGCGUGCCGGUACCGUUGUCUCCUCGUCCGCCAAGGACCGCACCCAGACCAAGGGCCCCGCCGACUACCAGCGCCUCGGCAAGCUCGACGCCGACGACGCACCCAGGCCCCCAGAGAAGGUUGACGUUUCCGUCGGCAAGGCCCUUGCCGCUGCCCGCAUGGCCAAGAAGUCGGCCGACGGCAAGUCGAUGACCCAGAAGGAGCUCGCUACCCAGGUCAACGCCAAGCCCCAGGACAUCGCCGACCUCGAGUCUGGUCGCGCGGCCCCCAACCAGCAGCUCCUCGCCAAGCUCGAGCGUGUUGUUGGCGUCAAGCUCCGCGGUGCCGCCAACACGAUCGGCCAGCCCCUCCACGCCCCCAAGAAGAAGUAGAUUGACUGCGCGAGAUGAGCGUGUAGAGAGGCCUGUCGAGCAGGCGGCUCGAGCGCGAGUGUGGGUGUGUAGGUAGCGCGGGCUGGGGUCGACCGAGUCGGCCUAGUGCCGCGGCUUUGUCGACGUCAAGUGUACGCAUCUAUACCUAUACUCGUUGCCACUUUUUUCACUUUGACACUUGCUACAUGAUGCAUGAGUGAUGGCAGUGUCGA